CACGGGCUCAAGCGUUUUCGAGCUAAGGCGUCAUGAGCGGCGUCGGGUCAGGACGUUUAGGCUACGGCAUGUCGAAGAACGGUCAGGCCAACAUGGUUGGCCAGCAGACGCUUGACACGUUGUUCAAGAACAACGGCCUCACAGGUGGGCAAACUGGCGAAGGCGUCGUGCUCCCGAUAUUCGAGGUGCACCCCCGCGACCACCACGUGUUCGGCGAACGCCCUCUCCGCGCUGACGACAUGGUCCCCAUCGCGAAGUCGAACUUCUACCUCGGAGCCUCCUACUUCCACAAGAACGCCCUGCCGUUCAAAGUGCGGCGCUCUCUGCUAGAGGCCGCGGCUCCAGACGUGCUCCCGAUGCACCGCGCGGAGAACAUGACCGAGACUGCCGUGGACGCGAUUCUCUUCCUGGCCACGAACCUGGACCCAGACACGAAGCUCUCGCAUUUCGGCAAGGACCUGACGAGGGCACAGUUGCGUGAGGCCAUCCACAAACAGUCGAAGAUGGUGCUCCACUCAGAUCCACCUCGCCAGACCCACAUGCGGAACCACCUCCUGGAGUUCUUCAUCGAGGAUGUCGCCGUCGAUUACGGCUACAAGCAGUGCUUCCUGGCGAAGAAAGAGCCGCAGCCCGUCCCAGCCCCGCGCGUCGAGGGUGGUCAGCCUUCUUCGAGCGGUGGCCCUGCGCAGGGCAGCAGCAGCAGCGACAGUGACUGAGCCUCUAGCUUCAGUCGACGGGUCGGCGCCGAUGCGAAUGGAUAUGUCAGGGCCACCUGCGACUUUUUUGAUGCCCGUAGACUAGUUCGGCCGCGCUUUCGCUCUCUUGAUGUCGGCAUCGGCAUCGCACCGCCAGGCGGCACCGAUCGAUUGGCGAGCCUGGGCG